AUGGGGUUAGCGCAGGAGCACAACCCCCAUAACAUGAAGGCCGACUGGCAGACCAAGGACCCGUCGACCUGGAAUUUCUACCAAAAGUUCAUCACCGCCGUUGAUGUCUCGCCCGUCAUCCCAGGCAAGCCGCUGCCCGUCUUCCCCAAGACGGCCAAGCUGGCCUUUAUGGCGCAGUGGUCGCAGCACCUCUUCAUCAUCGUCUACGCCGCCAUCCCGCUGCUGCUGCACCAGGCCUACGUCUCCUACACAGGCCAGCCGCUCAGCAAGUUCGCCGUCAUGAUGCUGUACAACGCGGCCUACGUCCUGACGGCCGUCCGCGAGGUGCGCAUGCUGCGCAAGCUCACCUACAUCUACGGCUGCCUCGACGGCGACGUCGCCGACCGCGACGGCAUCCCGAACGAGGGCGGCGGCAAGAUCAUUGGCGAGAUGCACAAGACGGCCGGCUUCCGCAUCGUCAUGGCGGCGCUGAUUUCGUACCAGCCAAACGUGUCGCCGCUCGACUUCUUCACCAAGGCCGAGUCGUGGGCGCCGUUCUUCCUGAAGCUCACCAUCUACGGCGUCAUCAUCGACUUCUUCUUCUACAUCUACCACCGCGCAUGCCACGAGGUCCCCUGGCUGUGGAAGUACCACCGCACGCACCACCUCAACAAGCACCCCACGGCGCUGCACUCGGGCUUCGCCGACGACGAGCAGGAGAUUAUGGAAAUCGUCAUUGUGCCGUUCCUGACCUUUGUCACGCUGUGGGCUGUCGGCCUGAAGCUCAACUUUUACGAGUGGUGGAUGUGCUUCGAGUACGUGACCUACUCGGAGAUCUUCGGCCACAGCGGCCUCCGCAUCUACGGCUACGUACCCUCGCCCAUCACGCCGCUGCUCGCCUACCUCGACAUGGAGCUUGUGCUCGAGGACCAUGACCUGCACCACCGCAGGGGCUGGAAGAAGAGUUUCAACUACGGCAAGCAGACCAGGGUCUGGGAUCGCCUCUUUGGCACCUGCGCCGACCGCAUCGAGGCCAAGGCCGACAAUGUCGACUACAGCAAGCCAGCGACCAUGCCGCUCUUUUAG